ACGUAUCCCGGAAGCACGCACGUGCGGGCCGGCGAGCAUGAUGGCGGCCGCCCGUCUGCUCGGGGCUUCCAGGCUGUGGGCCGGCCGCCGGCGCCAGGCUCUCCCGGUCCCCGGAGGACCUGGAGCGCUCUUUGUUCGGGACUACGCCAAGAAGCCAGUCAUGAAGGGCACCAAAGGCGCCAAGGGCAGCGUGGCCCCUGAGGCCCUGAAGGACCCCGAGGUGUGCACGGACCCUGUCCAGCUGACCACGCACGCCAUGGGGGUCAACAUCUACAAAGAAGGCCAGGACGUGGUCCUGAAGCCGGACUCCGAGUACCCCGAGUGGCUGUUCCAGAUGAACUUGGGUCCCCCCAAAAAGCUGGAGGAGCUGGAACCCGAGUCCCGGGAGUACUGGCGUCUGCUGCGCAAACUGAACAUCUGGCGUCACAACCGGCUGAGCAGGAACAAGAAGCUGUAGUGAGGAGCAAGCGUCCGGAGGGCCCGGCCGGCCAGCGUGAAGACCCGAGUUCAGUCCCCGCACUCUGAUGGAGGAAGGAGGGAACUGAUCCUGCAAACUGUCCUCCUCCACAUGGGCACCUUGGCGAGUGCAGGCCAUGUGCACAGACACGCGUGCACACGCACACACACGCACACACACGCGCACACACGUGCACACACCAAAUAAACAGAUACAAAAGUAAACGA